AUGUUCAAGGUGAGAAAGUUUCACCGGUAGUUCUUGAGGAGGGAAUUGAACGAUAUCACUGUGGUUAGUUUUCUUUCUCUUCCUCCGCACCCAGCCCCGGCUCUGUUUCGCUGCGCGCCACUUCGAACUGUUUGUGUGUGCGCGCGCGCCCUUGCGCUGUUACGGUCGGCGUCGCGCGCGUAUUACCGCGCGGUUGCCAUGGAAACAUGCCGGUCAAUCGCGGCGGUUUUUUAAAAAAGGGGGUGUAGACGGAGGUUUGCGCGUGCUGGUGGUAGCAGCCCCGACCUCUUCAGUUUUGUCUUUUGUGUGGCCGUUUGGGCUCCGCUGGGGGGGGGGGGUUGGGAGCGAGGUGGACCGGAGAGAGAACUGCUCUUCUAAUUCCGAAUCUUCCUCCCGUACACGUAGGGAGCCCUCUCGAUGUUGGGCCAAUAUAAUACGGAGUUCAACUCGUGUUUUAGCACUUGCGCAAAUCACCUCUUCCCUCCCAUUUAGAAAAUAAUCUAAAUGCGAUCUUGUGCUAACGGCUCAAUUAGAUGUACAGUGGUACCUCAGGUUACAUACGCUUCAGGUUACAGACACUUCAGGUUGCAGACUCCGCUACCCCAGAAAUAGUGCUUCACGUUAAGAACUUUGCUUCAGGAUGAGAACAGAAAUCGGGCUGCAGCGGCAGCAGGAGGCCCCAUUAGCUAAAGUGGUGCUUCAGGUUAAGAACAGUUUCAGGUUAAGAACGGACCUCCAGAACGAAUUAAGUACUUAACCCGAGGUACCACUGUAUGCAUAUGGCGAUAAAAAAAACCCCAGUGAUGAUGUUCCCCUGUCAGUGUUCAUUUUUUAGCAGAGUUCCUAGCAGGCUUUUUAAAACGACUAAAUCGUCUGCAUUUUGAUGGCGCUUACUCCCAAGCGAGUUUAGGAUUGUAGUCUUUUGUUGCAGAGGGGCCGUUUAUAGUGCAAUCCUGCACACGUCAAAUCAGAGGUACAUACCAUUGAAUUCUGUGAGACGUGCUCUCAGAUAAGUAAGUGGCUGUAGGGAUGCAGCCUUAGUUCGUAGCACAACCAGAGAAUCCUUUAUCACCUUCAAAGAUGGAGGUUGCAUUCCUAACACCACUUCGUGUGGAGUAAACACCAUAGAAUACAGUAGGACUUCUGAGCCUAUGUUUACAUAUGAAUAGAUUACCGUAUUUUUCGCCCUAUAGGACGCACUUUUUCCCCUCCAAAAAUGAAGGGGAAAUGUGUGUGCGUCCUAUGGGGCGAAUGCAGGCUUUCGCUUAAGCCUGGAGAGCGAGAGGGGUCGGUGCGCACCAACCCCUCUCGCUCUCCAGGCUUCAGGAGAGCCCCACCGCCAGCCCCACAAGCUCGGGGGACAGCGGGGAGGCGGAACGCCACCAUCCCGCUGUCCCCCGACUUGGUUAGAAGGCUGGCGGGGGGGAGAAGCCUGUCCUCCCCGUCGCCAGCCCCACAAACUCGGGGGACAGUGGGAGAGGCGCAGCGCGCCUUUCCCGCUGUCCCCCGACCUGGUUUGGAAGCUGGCGGAGGGCUUCCCCCUCCCCCAGCCCCGCAAGCUCCCAGAGCGAUGCCGAAGCUGCGCGCAGCUUCGGAAUGGCUCUGGGUCCCGUUCUGGGGGCUGGCGGAGGGGGAAGCUUGGGCUUCCCCCGCCCCAGCCCCGCGCCUGGGGAAAAAAAAAUCCCACCCCCCAAAUCUAGGUGCGUCCUACGGGCCGGUGCGUCCUAUAGGGCGAAAAAUACGGUAAGUAACUCAUCAUGAAGUGAACUGUAAUGCACAGAUGUUUUAUUAUGCCAUAAUAAAUCCGUUGGUUUUUAAGGUGCUACAAGCCUCUUUGCUUUUGCCGUUUUGCAUGGGAUACUGUAGGGGCAAACAAUAUAUGGAACUAUUAUUAUUUUUUUAAAAAGGAAGAGGGUCUGCCAUGUAAUUUGUAUUAGAAUUCACAAUGCCUACAAACCUGAGUGAAGUUUUGCUUCUGAUACAGAGGGACAAUGAAACUUAUUUCGGAUCUGUUAUAGGAGUAACUACUCAUCCCUCAUCAGAGGAGCAUUGCUUGUUGAUUUGUAUGUUUCUUAAAUGUUUCAGUUUAUAUUCAGGUGUUUGAAAAUACAGUACAGUAGUUGCUAGUUUUCUAGGGUUAUACAUCCUGCCUUUCUACAGGGGGAGCUAUAGGACCAAGCUUUGUGAAAUAGAAAGGUGUUUUGUAUGUUAAUUAACAAUGUAAUUGUCAAAAAAAAUCAUGAUCUGUUUUUUCACUUAACUGUAUUUGAUGUAAUUCAUAUUCCUAACCAAUUAAUUUGUGGAAUAAAAAUGCAUAUGCUCUUAACUCUUGGAUUUGAAGACUUUGUUAUUCUAUCUUCGUUGCUAAUUUAACUACUGUGGUUUCAGUACAAUCAAGUAAAUACAUUUUGUGGAACAAAAUAAAUAAUUCAAUGGUAGUUUUGAACAUGGUUGUAAAAUAGAGGCUAUUAAAUGCCUUCCUUGUGAUAAAACACUAUGCACACUAGAUAGUCUAUAAAUUAACAGUUAAAAGUAUAAAUUAAACUUUCUGGGCCAUUUUCAGUACUAAGCAUUUGCAGAGCUUUGUGUUCUACAUUAUAAUCAUAUGCAUGUUUACAGAAAAAAUUCCCCUCCCCAACUUCAGUGGUGCUUAAUUCCAAAUAAAAGUGCACUGGGUGGCAACCAUAGAAAACCUGGUGAAGAUUGAAGUGUUGUUCUGUUUUAGGCAUCUGUUUAUUUUAAGAGAACAUGUUAAUGAUAGUAUGAUUUCUAUUUGCAGUGUUCACUCAAAUUCAGCAAUGCCAUGUGGGAACUCAAGUGUGCACAUAAAGUUUCUCUGUCUCCCAAGUGUUCUCUCCCCCCCUGCCGCCGCCCAAUUUAUUAUGGUAGACAAACAAGGAUCUAGACAAACAAGGCUCUGCACACACUGCUUUUCUUUCUCUUUAAGUGAUGCCUGACCAUUGUUCUGAAUAUGGGUGGCUUAAAAUUCUUGGAAGAGCAAUACAAAUUGUUUGUAGUCCUUAUGCCGUCAGACAUUUAUAUAAUUUGUGUGCUCUAUUCAUAUUGCCUCAUUCCUAAAUUUAUUGGAGCAAACAUGUUGGUAUUGGUAUUUACAGAUUAUCUCCAAAGAAGCUAAUUUCCCUAACCUCUGAAGGUUAGUGUGUUCUCUUCUUUGGUAAUUAAUAUUUAUUUAUAACAAUAAACAAUUACAGAAAUGAUGGACAGUUUCAUUUCUGAUGGCUGCUGAGUGUCAGGAAUUGAAAGCACAGCUUUUCAAGCUAGAUUUCCAUGGAAGCUUAUCAGAAAAUAUUGAUUUGCCUCCACUGUGCUCCAGUUCAGGCUUAACUGAAAACAGAAACGUUAUUGACAUGCUAUCCUCAAGAAAUGCAAACAGAGAUACUGACAAAAAUGUAGAUUGGUAACAGUAGACAGGGUUUUCUAACUACACACUUCUGAUAAACACCCUGGCUUUUUUAGCUGCAUGUAUAUUAGGCAUAUGGGAUGUGCAAUAUAAUUCCACUUGAGCCCAUAAAAUAUAAAUGUUUUCAUCAUAUUUAGGUAAAGCAAUUGAUGGCUGUUCCUGCUAGUUUAAGCUUCCUUUCUGUACAAGUUUAUGCCGCUGCUCCUGAGAAUGAUGCAUCUAAAAAGAACUUACUGAAAGUUGAUGAGGUAAGAGUCUGUUGUCUUUGUAAACAAUUGUUUUCGGUUAGCCAGCACCCAGUUUCAAUGUGGCCAUUAAGAAGGUUCCUCUUUCUGGGGUGCAAUUAUUCUGCAUACACAUUGAUGUCCUGAAGUAAUGCAGUACUACUUAAUGUUUAUUAUUGUGGAAUAAUUUGACAAUAGCAAGUAACUUUGUGUUUUCUGUUGUUCACAGCUUUCACUCUAUACUAGUCCAUCACCAAAAUCAAAGUAUGUGGAAGAUAGGCAUACACAGUUGGAGGAAGGUAUCUGUUAUGUGAGGCAAUCUUUGGAGCCAUACACAGCCUGGUUUCAGGUAUAGCAGUAUGUAAUAUGUCAUUGAGAGUCCUGGCAACUGAUGAAUUCAUACUAGCAUGAAGAUCUCAUUCCAGAACUUCCCAUGAGUAGAACCAGUUCUCUUGCAUACUAACUGUUGAUACAGACGUCCCCAUAUCAUCAUUUUGCCAGGAUAUGCUGUCUUGAAGUAAUUCUACCAUUUUCUAAAUACAGAUUUGCCUGACAAGCUAUCUGACCUAGUUUUUGUUUGGUUUCAGACACAAAUUGAGUGUUAACACAUGUUACUUAGCACCUGUAAUGAAUGUGCUUGAAACUGCCCAAUUUGUUCUUUGUUGAAGGAAGUUCUCUUAAUGGAGUUUUCGGGUUGUAAGCUGAGGGGUACAGUUAAUAGGAGCUUUAUAGAGUUUAAAUUCAUAAUGAGACUAAGCUUUAACAGUUAAUUAUUUCAGAUUGUGGAGAUGCAAGUAUAAGAAUUCUACAAACAGGUUGUAGUCCAGAUAAGCUAAUGGCCAGUGCAUUUACAUUUUAAUCUCCCAGUCUUGUUACUGAAGCUUCCAUACACUCCUCUGGUUUUAGGGCCCCCCAAGACCACCUGCAAUUUGGUGGUGCUGGCAGAUUUUUUUAAUAGGGUUGUGCGCCGGAUUUGGUCAAGGCCUGAGCCAAGAAAAAGGAUGGAGCCCACUGCCAGAGUUUUCUUCCUGCAGGGUGCCCCUUUUGUGGGGCACUUAUAAAGCAGUGCCCCACCAAAUUGACACCCCCGCUCUCUGCUUCCUUCCUCUGCCUCUCAUGGCUGUAUGUUUAAUUAGGCUUUGGUGUUGUUGUUUUUAACCAAAUAAACAUAAGCCCUACACCUGAACUACUUUGGGGCCAGUUCUAGGGUGGUGCAGGUAGUUCUGGAUAGAGUGUCCUGAUUUGGGACCUGGUGAUUGUGGUCAUGGCUGAUGGGGCUGUGCACAGCCCUGUUUUUUUAACCUACCUUUAAAAACUAAGCCGACACGUGCCAUGUUCCAGUAAUAUCCUGCUUGUGGUUCAGGUUGUUCUGGUUUAAUUUACAGCUGUGGCACCAUUCUUGGUACCACUUCCAUGUUGCUUCCUGGUUGUGAGUAUUACUGGGACAGUGGCAUGUGGUGAAAUUUUUCUUUUUCAUCAAACCUUUAUUAGGCAUUACAAGUAUAAGCCAUCAUAAAACAUCCAUAUAUAAAAUUUUAAAAUAUAUACAAAUAAACAGCCAUGUAAAAUAAAUAAUAACAAGGAUUUUCAUUGGGAUUUCUCUAUGAAAAUUUUCGUAGGGGAACAGCUGGAGCUAGAGGCACCAGCUUGCAAGGGCGAUGGGGCAGCACAUCACGCGUGUGACAUUGUGACAUCCUGACGUUGCAUGCAUGAACAUCGUGCCUUCCUCCCUAAGCUGGGCAGAAGCUUCCCAGGCUUUCGGAAGGAGGCACCAGGGUUCUGAUAGGAUGCUGGAGCCCUCCUGCCUCCUUCUCAAAGCCGGGGUGGCUCUUGGACCCUUGAGCAUCACACCUUCCACCCUAAGCUGGGCAGAAGCUUCCCAGGCUUUGGGAAGGAGGUGCAUGGGGAACAUUCAGGGGACUAGCCUUGUCCCCCUAGACCAUUGGCUGGGAGGUGCACUGUGUAGUGCUUGUGCAGGAUUUGAUCUCUUUCUUUGUUCCCACCCUGGCUAAGAAGUCGGAAAGCAGUAGCCAGGACAUUUGAGCAUUUUGACUUCCUAAAGUCUCCUCUUGCCUUCCAUAUCAGAAAAAGUGAGAAGUGAGGGAAGCUACCUCAGUCAGGAUUCAGGAAUUGCUGCCUCAGAUAUGGGAAUGGAGAGCUCCUCUCCCCCCUCCUCAUUAGGUCAGUCUGAUGAGUAGAGUGAGACAUGAGUUGUAAGGUUACAGAAAUAGAGGAAGGGGCUUGAGCUAGUGCACUUGUCUGCUCCCCGACCCAAAUCACACACAUGCAGACUCAAGAAGGCUCUAGGUUGCCAUGAUUGCCUUCUUGAAAUAAAGUGGUUGGAGUGUGCCUGUACAAAUGACAGGACCAUUUAGAGACACCUAGAAAUGAGGAAUCACUAGCUUACAUUCCUUCCUGUGUGUGGUAGACAUUCUAUAGCAAGCCUGGUGUUACUGGCUAGCCUACAACACAGUAUAAUACGGUAUAUAGAGAUAUGAUCUAUAUAGAAACCAUUUUAAAUUGCUUUGGAAUACCUGUAAUGCCACUAGGUGCUUACAAACGGCUUCAUUAUCUUCUUUGAUGAAAAACAGUAGCAAUUAUCACUGUUGUUCCCAUCUCUAGGGUUUUUCUGACAAAGCCAUGCCCAAAGUAGAAAAAGCAGCUGAAUAUGGCAGAGGUAAGAUCCAUUGAUAGUUCCUACAACUAAAUCAGAUGUGGUUAAGUAGUAGCAAGAUUAUAAAAACAGUUUUACAUAAUCUGUAUGAUUGCAGCUGUAUUGAACGUUGCUAAAGCAGCUGCCUCAUUCUGCUCAAGGGGAAACUAGCCAUGUAAGCUGCUUAUUUCUGCCCUCUUAAAGGUCUCAUUUAUUAUAGGCACAUCACACCAAAGGUUACCCAUAAUGAGAUCCUGUGGGGGCCUACUCAUACUGAGCCCAUUACAGUGGUUGUUUUGUUGUCAGUAUGCUGAUUAUAAUUAACACCAUUUUUACUACAACUUUCAAAUCUUUGCCUAAGUUAUGCAGGAAUGUACUUUUCUCAGCUUACUGUAGUUUGUCACUGCAGGUCUUAAUUCCCUCCUCUCCAAGAACAUUAUGGCAAUGAUGGGUCUGAUAUGCUACAAGGAAAGGCUGGGAGAUGGGAAGCAUUAGGGGGCAACAAGAUACCUGAAUUCUGUGUUAAGGCUAUGUUGAAAUAAUAGGUUUUGAUGCUUCUAUACCUAUACUGAAGCAUUAGAAGAUACGCAGCCCUGGGUUCUCUUUCUCUCUGUAAAGGAACCCCGGUCUUUUCAGCAUUUCCUGUUUAAACAAGGAAAUGUUUCUGUUCUUUAUUGUCAUGACUUUCUAGAUGUGCAUUGUAUUUCUCCAUCUUGGCUGUACAGUGAGGCGAGGCACCAGUUAAUUGCUGCAUAUUUAUUUGCUGCAAUGUAUUUGGUUUUAUUGGAGCGUAUUAGGCUCGGAACAAUGUGGUUAUAAGAAGAUAAGAGACCUAUUAGAAACGAAACAAAAGUCUUCCUUAUUCUGCUUCAAAUAAUGGUCAAACAAGAAAGGAUUCAGUGAAAGUGCAAAACAAAAGAUCUCAAAAUGCAUCUCUUCAGGGGCAUAAUGCACUUUGGACUUUGAACCAUAAGCUAAUAGUGAAUAGGUUAUACAAAACAAAAGGAUAUUUAUUUAGAUAACAUCACUGAGGAUCAAAUUAGACAUUAACAUGGAGUUGUCUGUAAUGAUCUUUUUACAAAAAGGAACUGUGGGACAAUGGGAACUAUGGUUUCUAACCCUUCCCUCCAUGCCAUUUUCUUGCUAGCUCCCCCCCUCUGUGUCAUUUGCACCUACUGGAAACAGUAUAGUCAUAUACUACCUUUCCAUGUAUGUCAUUAAAAAAUAAAAACCCUUAAGCUAAAAGAAUCCUAUUCUUUCUCUCUCAAACUGUUUAAAUGAUUUAAAAAACAGAAAGAAUGAUGAAAUCCACCGUUGGGCAGUACUUUCCUUAGGAUCAGCCAAAAUUGUAGCAAGUUCUCAAAAACUCUUCAUUUAGAUUACAUUUGCUUUUUAAAAAUGUAGAGAAAUGGAAGAGAGAAUAUUUAUCGCUUAAUACUGUACCUUGAUCUAACUUCAGACUACCAGUUCCCUUUACCCUCCCCAAAUUACUCUGGCCCACUGUUCUUGGGCUUAGUUCAUAAAUGCUUGUCAAUCCCAGGGCUGCAGCUAACUAACCAUGGAUGAUAGAAAAGCAGUCAUGUGCUUUGUACAACAGAACAGAAUGCUUAUUGCAAAUGUAUUUUUAAAGGGUUCAUGCUGGAGAAAACUGCACAUAAAGGAAUCUGAUAAGCUACACCUUGAGGAAUCGUCCCUUACUGCUGUAGCAAUACAGCAAUACCCUGUUUGAUACCAGAUAGGGUCAGAAAAUGGUAAAUGGUAAAUAAUUGUACAUUCCUGAAUCAUAGCAUUGUAGAAUUGGAAGGAACCCUGAGGUCAUCUUGUCCAACCCCCUGCAAUGCAGGAAUCUCAUCUAAAGCAUCCCUGACGAUUGGCCAUCCGUCCUCUGCUUAAGAACUUCCAAUGAAGUGCAUAGAGACUAAGACAUUGGUUCCAAUUUUUGAAAGUAUGAAUUUCAUUUACUCAAGAGCUCUCAAUAAAACAGCACAUUUACAUUUGCUCUGCAAGAAUGGUUACCAGAGAUUGUUUCUUUGCCUAAAUAGAUGUCCAUUCUAGCAGCACAAAGAGGACAAGGUGGAAGCUCCAUAGUGCUCACUGGGCUUCCGCAGAGAUCUUUUGGGCAAAUGGCUACUCUUAUAACUUUUCUUUUAAUUCUUAUACUCUUAGCUCAAUCUUUUGGUUAUGUGACAUAGUCUUGAUUGCAGAUAUUCUUUGGAUUGCAACAUCAACUUGGAAUGUUUUUUUGAGCUUGCAAGAUUCUUGCAGCAUCUUUCAGAUCCCCAUCUGAAUGCUUCUAGGUUUCAGGGUUUCAAGGUCUUUUCUGACUACAUGACUCAAAGGCCAUAAUCUCUGUCCUUAUCAUAGUGCCUUUAGGGUCUAGGCAAAUUGGCACUGCUGUUCUGGAACAUGCAGUUUCAUCCCCCAAGGAAUGUUGUUUUUCUUUAAUCUGAUGUUAUCCUUAAAACAAAGUCCUGUUUUUAGCUGUGUGCAACUGGAUCUUGUUUUCCCUGACUUUGGCAACCUUGCACAGCCACAUUUCUAAAAAUUCACCCAUCCCUUAUUCAUACAAAUUAGAACUGAGUACAUUAAUUUUUUUUUUAGUAAGUAUAACAGUGUAUAUGAUUAUAUACACAGAACCUUCAGAUUGAUUUUGCAAAAUAAAAUCUGGCUUGAUAAGGUGUGCAACAGGUACUAAAAAGCUGGGUAGAGCCAGGUUCAAAUCCCCACAUUGCCUCUCAUCCUAACCCACCUCAUAGAAUUGUUUUGAGAAUAAAAUGUGGGGAAAUUAUGUAUGCUGUCCUGAGCUCCUUGGAGGAAAAGUGGGUUAUAAGUGGAUAUUAAAAGUUGCUUGUAGUUGUAACCAAUUAUUUGUAGUUGGAAAUAUGUGCAAAUAAUACUUUUAAAUUUAAUUGAAAUUAUGAAAAUAUAUACAUACUACAUGGCGUGUAAUAUGCUGCGGUCUGAUUUUUAUUUUAGAAGGAUAUGAACUUCUCAAAACCCCACCUCCAGGAUUUUAUCCAAGGCUUGGUGUCAUAGGUUUUGCUGGUAUUGUUGGCUUGUUUCUGGCUAGAGGUAUGUGAUAGUUUGCCAUUCCCCUCUUCAAAUUCUAUGUGAUAAUUUUCUCUUUCACUGACAUAAAUAUUGAUGUGCAAUGGAGAUUUAACUGUAUCUUUUUAAUGUGUUGAAUCCUCAUAAUUGUAGAGAAGAAUUUGGAAUUAUGUGGGCAGGAUCUGCUAAAGGCUCAGAAGCCAGGCUUGAGUUCUUUAGUCAUCAGAAUAUCUAUGUUCUUUGCAAUUCUGAUCUUCAAAUUCUAACCCACUACACAAAUUCUAUCCCACUAAACUAUUAUGUCUAAUCAGAUCCCAUUGCUUAAACACUCUCCUCCAGAUCUACUUUCUGUCAAAAGCACAGGUACCUAUAACAAAAUAUUGUGCCAUUUGGAUAGCUUAGGCUGGCUGAAAAAAAUGUGUUAUAAUGUGUGGAUCACCUUGUUCAGCACAUCAUUUGUUGGAUACAGACAUCGUGAAAAGUAAUGUAUAUUCUUUGGCGCAGGUUCCAAAAUAAAGAGGUUGGUGUAUCCAGCAAGCUUCAUGGGGAUUGGUGCCGCUCUCUACUACCCGCAGCAAGCCAUUACCCUUGCCAAGGUUAGUACUGUGGGAAAUCACACAGUUCCUAUUUGUAUAGCUGUAAAUAUGGCUUGCAAAUAGCAAAUGCUCAUCUGCUGUUGUAUGUACAGUGGUACCUCGGUUUAAGAACAGUUCGGUUUAAGAACGAUUCGGUUUACAAAUUCCGCAAAACCGGAAAUAGUGUCCCAGUUUGAGAACUUUACCUCGGUCUAAGAAUGGAAGCUGAAUGGUGGAAGGGCACUGGCAUUGGGAGGCCUCAUUAGGGAAAGCGCGCCUCGGUUUAAGAAUGGUUUUGGUUUAAGAAUGGACUUCCAGAACAGAUUAAGUUUGUAAACCGAGGUACACUGUACUUUGUUUUAAAGGCAAGCACAACUUAUUUCUCAGAAAAGCUGGCGCUACUAAUACAUGCAAUCUAAAAUGCCAGAAUGACACAACAUAGGGUAGUCUACUUCUUUUGGUGUCUUUGUGUCAGCUAGGCAGGUUUUAUGGUUUUGCAGUGUUGCUGUAUGAAUGAUCAGUGAUCAAAAGUCUUGUUUCCACACUUGUAUUCCCCUCAGGAUUGCCUUAGAAUUCGUAGAAUAGUCCUAGGUACAGUGGUACCUCGCAAGACGAAUGCCUCGGAAGACGAAAAACUCGCAAGACGAAAGAGUUUUUCGUUUUUUGAGUUGCUUCGCAAGACGAAUUUCCCUAUGGGCUUGCUUCGCAAGACGAAAAACGAAAAAAACGAAAACGUCUUGCAAGUUUGUUUCCUUUUUCUUAAAACCGUUAAUACCCAGGGUGACUUCGAGGAGCAACUCAUAGCACGCGGUGUGGUAGCCUUUUUUGAGGUUUUUGAAGACUUUGGUGAUUUUGAAGACUUUGGGAAACCGUGCUUCGCAAGACGAAAAAAAUCGCAAGACGAAAAAACUCGCAGAACGAAUUAAUUUCGUCUUGCGAGGCACCACUGUAUGUAUUUUUCUUUAAAUUGUCUCUUGGUUGAGUGAAUCCUUGUGGUUGCUUGUUCAUGUGAAAUAAUUCACUCUCAUCCACUGAAAAUGGUGAGGUUAUCCUCCUUAUCAUAAAGCUGAAGAAGCAGCUGUUUUUGAGGCCCUCUCUAACUGUGUAAAGCAGUGCUUUUUUCCAUGAAGUUAUCACUGUGUCACACUUUUUAACAACAACGACAAAAGAUCUGCCGGUACUAUGUAACCUUGAGUACUCCCUAGGGGGGGAGAAAGCACUGGUGUAAACCCAUCCCUCUCAAGUGUAUUUGAAACAAUUAAGUCCCACAUUUAAUGUGUUUGAAGCGUACAACAAUGCUAUAUGGAAUGAGUACUGAAAGUAAUAUGCUUUGAAGUACAAAGACAUGGAGUACAGAUGGAGCACAGCACAGUUUGUUUACAAGCUGGUGGCUUAGCCUUAAGUUAAUGAUUAAUCAGGGUUCUUGCAUAUCAUUUUUUGCAGCUGAAGUUUUGAGCAGAUGUUUUCUAGAUUUAUCUUUGACCUUUCUUUAAGGAUAACUAGUAGUUAUCAUAUGCUUCUUUAAGUAUUUUUCUAGACAAUCUCUGCAUUUUGUAAGGCUGGCUUUCUUAUACAGCUUGUGUGGUUUCCGUCAUGGUGUUCCAUUGUGCCAGAAGCGGUUUAGUCCUGCUGGCCACAUGACCCAGAAAGCUGUAUGUGGACAAACACCAGCUCCCUCAGCCUGAAGCGAGAUGAGCGCCACAUCCCAUAGUCGCCUUUGACUGGACUUAACUGUCCGGGGGUCCUUUACCUUUUUACUGGAUUUGAUCCAGUUAAAUAAAUUGAAUAAAGGAACUUCAUAAAUGUAAAGUUUGCCACCACAUGUACCACCACAUCCCUUAGAAACCUCUAAAAAGACUGCCUUGGCAGUGUGGGGUGGGGUUGCUGUGAGGAGCAGGGUACAGGAGCGUUUUCUUUCAUUAGCUAAUUUUAGUUAUUUUGGGAAGUUUACUGCAUUGCUCAAGAAGGCCCCUGAAUCUCCUCCUUUGUCAGGGGUGCUACUGUGUUGGGGCGGGGGGAGAAGGAGACUGGGAAAUUUCCUUCCAUAAACCAACUUAAUCUGCCAAUAUCUUUAGCACUGACAUUUUUCUUGCAAGAACAGCUUUUUUAAAAAGUUGGUACUUGUGAAUAGCUGUUGCAUUGCUACAGUAGUUUGAUUAUGCUCAUAGAAAUGAUGUUGUCCUUGUUCAGAGGGCUCUAGGCCUGUACUGCAUGGAUAGCAAUUGAUCUUCCCUGCCGUUAUUGGGCUGGGUCAAUAUUUUGCUGUAAUGGCCUAUGGCUAGAUACAAUAAAAGUAAUUAAACUAGCACUUCUUCAUAAAAACCUAAAAAUAAAAAUACACAGUGUUUCAAGUGGAUGUUAAUUUGACUGUUGUUAUGAAAUCUCUGAUUUCUGAAAGGUAACUGGUUCUCAGCUGUACGACUGGAGUCUCCAAGCCUACAUAAAUAUAGAAUCUCUCUGGAAAGAUCCUCCCAAAAAGAAAAAAUCUGCAAAAGCCAGUGACAAGGUAUGACAUUUGAGAGUUUGUUGUGCUGUAGGUGUAUCUCUGUUCUUGGCUGUUUUGUUUGAAUUGCUGUGUUCUUUGUUUCUGUGCUAUUCUCCUUAUGCUUUUAGAGAACCAGAGCUGUGCAGGGAUAAGUCAAAUUAGUCCCAUAGUUUCAAGUACCAUGCUGUUGUUCCCAGAGUUCGAAACUCCCAUUGUUCCAGGCGUGUUUUGCGAAAGGGAUUUUCAUUAGCCCAAGCAGUUUCUGAGCUCUGGGCGCACUGCUGUGCCUAAGAUAUCAGAUUAAAACUGCGGAGUGGAAGGAAAGGAGGACCUUUUUCUGCCUCCCUACUUUCAGCUACUCUCUGAAGACAGGAGAAGAGACCCUUUUAAGAAUAUUACCGGGAGUGGGCUGGGGAAGCAUGGCUUUGUUUUUUGCAGCCUUCAGAUGAAGACUAGACCAUGUGAAAAAUGAACAUAAGAUUUUAGCUGCAGUUCAUUCAUUUUCAGCUUUGUAUUCUUGUUAUAAAAAAGUGUGCCUAGAUAUUCCAUUGUUGCGCCCAAAGCCUAGGUUUAAAGUGCCAUUUAGCUCCUUGCUUUCAAAUCUCAGUUUCUAACACUGGUUGUUCCUACUUUCAUGUACUCAUAAUUAGGAAAUGCAGCACACUACUAGAAAUGCCAUGCUCUUAUAGGUUUGGGAUUCAAGCAGCAUGCUACAGCUGCUCUUAAAUUAUGUUUAAUGGGAGAUGCCAUGUAAUAUGCCAUUUGAAUCUUUUACAUAGUAUGCUGCUCAUUCUUCAGGUUUGCGUGUUUAUGCAGUAGUUUGUUGCAGAAAUAGGCUACAAUCCUCUACAUUCCAUCAGUCAAAAUUGUAGUUACCUUUCAGAGAUGUCAGUGACAUUUUUCAAGUUCUUGUAUCCUUCUGCUGUUAAUUGCAUCAUAUCCUUUCCUAACCUCAUUCCUCUCUUGUUCCUUUUGGUUAAACUACUUCAACAUGUUAAUUUCGGUUGAUGGUAUCUGACUCGCUGUAGGCCCCUAGAAAUCCAUGGAUUUGUUAGUGAUGAUGGCCUUCAAUCUAUUUGUUUCAGUAAAGGACCCCAAAAUACAUACUGCGGAGAAACUAACAUUAGAUCAUCCUCUAGAGAUGGUAUAUGCCCAAAGUGUAUGGAAUCUUAUAAUCAAAUACUUUAUUUUGUGGAGGCAAAUUGUUUUGAUAAAAAAUUAUUAAAACUUCAGUCUGUGAUGUCUUUUUAAGGGUGAUGCAGAUAGUGACAAAACAGCAAAAGUACAAGAAGAAAAAGCAAUAAAAUAG